AUGAUUGAGCAAGUAGCUCAGUUGGAGGUCAUCGAUUCACUAGAACGUUUAGGUGUAGCCUAUCACUUUGAGAGUGAGGUCAGAUUUACGGAACAGUCUGGCCGGUUCUCUAAGAAUCUUCGUGAGGACGUGAGAGGGUUGCUGAGCCUCUACGAAGCAUCACAACUAGAGUGUGAAGGAGAAACUGUGUUGGAAGAAGCUACAGCCAUUUCUUCAGAGCAUCUUAGAGCAAGGAUAAGCUGCAUGGACCAGAGGAUGUGGUGGAGGGACUUGGGCUUGUGUGAGCACAUUAGUUUCGCCAGAGAUAGGCUGGUGGAGAGCUACUUCAUGGCAGGGGUGAAGAUGCAUGAGCCACAGUUCUCACAGUACAGGAUGCAGCUCGCAAGGGUCUCCUACUUGAUGGCCACCAUGAGGACAUCUUCGGCGAGCAUCAGUCUGUGGGAUCUUCAAGCGGCAGAGCAGCUCCCACAGUCACUGAGGAUCUUCUAUGUGGCUGUCUACAACACAACCAACCAGAUCAGCUACACUGUUCUUAGGAGGCAUGGCCGUGAUAUCACUUCACACAUGAGGAGAGUGACACCAAGGCUAGAGGAAUCUUUGAGCAACAUCCGGGCAGCGAUGAUCGGCCCUAUUCUCCUCCAUGCCUACUUCUUCCUCUCCCAAAACAUUGAGGAACAAGCAAUCCAGCAGCCGCAGUCUGAGUCCAACAUCAUCAACUUGUCAUUCAUGAUAGUUCGUCUCUGGGCUGACCUCCAGAGAUCCAGGUGCAUGUACGACUCUGAAGAUGGGGUGGGUGUCUUGCAGCAUGAGUCCAUGGACUGUGUCUACUCUCUCAUUGCUGAGCCCAUCCAGACUGCCUAA